GCAGGAGGAAGGUGGAGGCUGCACCUGCUGGCGGGGUGAUUACAAGUGAGCCAAUUGCGCCAGAGGGCGCUCAGUAUAAAAGCUGAGGUGAGCUGCGGACUGACACUUGUUGUUUGCUGUUGACACGUCGCGCGCUGCGCUUCCGUGUUGAGCUGUCUGUAUGCAGAGUACAGGUGAGGUUGGCUGCCUGCGUAUUUAUAGCUGCUUGUACAUUGUAGUUAUAUAGAGCCUUUUACCAGCAGAAACAUACGAGCGUAUUUACCCCCACGUUUGAUCGUGAGUGGAGUGGUUCCUGCAACAAGUGCCGACAUUUGUGAGCGUUCCCAUUUGGGUGCAAGUGAGAAGAGCUUGGCCUGAUCGGAAUCAACUGAUCGCCACACAUAACGCUGCUGCUUUGCCCGGACUGAGUAACCGCUUACUUAGCGGCCAAGAGAAACCGGCGUGUGGGACACGCCCACCCCCCACUGAAGGCCAGCACAAGGAGCGGCUGCGCGCUCCGUUUCGGGCUGGAUCGCUUGUUUUGCCGUGCUUGUCAAGCACAAGGACUUUUAUUAUUUUUACUUACACAUAUUUUUAUAUUUCUUUUACUGCCUGUAUUUUAACAAUUUGUUUUAUUUUUAUUUUCCUUAGAGGAUAGCCGGUGGUGCGCUCGGACCUGGAGGUGGCGUCCCUUUUUGGUGUGAUUGUGCAGUGCUUUACACAAAUGGGUGGAGGGCAUUUCAAAGAGUGAGUGACUUCACCGGUGUUUGUUUUGAUUUCUUUGAUUUGGAGCCUACCAUCCAGGACCUGGUUGUACCCACCGGUAAGCCUAGUUGGAUUUAUUUUGCGCAUUUUCUUUUUUUUCGUACAGGUAUUUUUUAUUCUUUGAGAUAAUAAAUUAUUGACUUGAAACCUGUCUCCUGCUGAUUGCAAAACCGGACCUGCGUCCUUCUAUUAAUUCCUGGGUGAUAACCCCAGGUGGCGUUGUUGGCAACAAACUAAUCAUAUGGUCAAAACCACUGAAUGCCACGUUUGGCGUUGUUGGCAGGAUUUUAUUUGCAAAUUUAAGCAGAGACUGUGUUUCAAGUGUUUUACUUUUUUUAAGAAUCUGUUUUAUUGUUUUUAGGCAAAGCAGCAGCUGGUUAAGUGGUGGAAUUUUAACUUUUUUUUUUUUUUUUUCUCUCCCUCUCUUGCGUUUGGAGUCUGGCAUAAUUGUAUCACCUCUUUACGUGCCACGGUCCAAUUAUGGAGGCAGAAAUGCAGGACCUGAAAAGCUUAAUUGUUCAGUUGAGAGCUGAAAAUGAGAAGUUACGCCAAGAACAGGCGGCAGCCAGGCCUGGACCUAGCGCUGCACAAUCUACAGCCGCGUCACAUUCCGAUGCAAGCCCUUCUACAACGGAGAGGUUUGUUUUUGUGCCACGUGAUAGAAAAUGUCCCAUGUUUAGAGGGAAGGGAGGCAUUGGGUUAUCUGAGUGGCUUGAGGAAGUACAGGCCUGCAUGAGGGUACGUCAUUUGUCCACAGCUGAUCAGGCCUUCUUUUUAUUUGAUCACUUAGAGGGAGAGGCACGCGAUGAAAUAAAGUUUCGACCUACCACGGAGCGUGAAGAUCCCACCAAAAUUAUGGCCGUCUUAAAAGAAUUGUAUGGGUGUUAUGAAUCCUAUGUGGCACUACAGGAAGCAUUUUUCUCUCGCCGUCAGCGGGAUGGUGAAACACUGCAGGAGUUUUCGCUGGCUCUAAUGAGUCUUAUGGAGGCUGUAAAAUCCCGUGCUCCUAGAGAUUUUCAAAAYGCAGAGUCAUUGCUGCGUGAUCAAUUUGUCGAGCAUGUGAGUGAUGGGGCUCUUCGUCGUGAGUUGAAGCAGUUUGUGCGCSGGARGCCAACAGCCACCUUGCUUGAGGUUAGGGCAGAGGCACUUCGCUGGGAGCGUGAGGUGCGACCGAGUAGUGUACUCAGUUUAAAAUCUUCUGCCCCUCUAGCACUUGGUUCGCAGUAUGGCGUUCAGAGCUGCCCCCAAGGGGCGAUUAGUUCACACACCUCUGAACUGAACCAACUGAGGAACAUGUUGCAGCAACAGCAGUCGCAGCUUGAUCAACUUGCCCAGAGUAUGGCUCGCUUGCAGAAACCCAGCCAGCAGGGCCGUUCUCGAGAUUCCMUUAUCUGUAGGCGCUGCCAGAAAGCUGGCCAUUUUGCCAGGGAUUGUGAUGGGGUUCGGGUUCCUGUACGGGCCUCUGAGGAAUCACCUCAGGCGGCGGAAAACUAUUUCCCACCGAGUCGCUGAGCCACGAUUCAGGUGGGGUAGUUGUCGGCUCUAGGGGUGGGGUUUUUCAGGAAGGUUCUAAUCUGGUGUCAUCGUGUCCACACUUGGCUGUGAGCAUGGGUGGAGUCAAAGUCCCUUGUUUGGUAGACACUGGUUCUAUGGUGUCUACAGUUACUGAGAGCUUUUUUACUCAACAUUUUGAGAUGUGGGGUCAGGAGAAACUACAGUCCUGUCAUUGGCUUCAGCUUAGAGCAGCCAAUGGCCUGGCCAUUCCCUACAUAGGCUAUUUAGAGCUGGAUAUUGAACUUUGUGGUAAGGUCGUUCAUCAGUGUGGGGUAUUGGUGGUCAAAGACCCCCCUGGUGGUGUAUCAUUACAGGCUCCCGGUGUUUUGGGGAUGAAUGUGAUUGGUCGCUGUUAUGGUGAGCUUUUUAAACAUCAUGGUUCAACUUUGUUCAACUCACCUGCUGUUUCCAUGGCUCCAGAGUCCAUUAAACAGGCUCUCCACAGAUGCCAUCAUGCCACUACUCGACCACCAGAUGAUGGUAAAGUAAAAGUGUGUGGUAAGAAGGCUCACCAUAUUCCUGGUGGCACACUGAAA